AUGAGUGUAGAGGAGACUGUCAGCUGUGCUGCAGUUCAACCAAUAGAAGCUCAGCUCCAUCUUGGCUAUGCACUAGACUGCAUUACAAUCAGACGAUACCAUCGCUUCAACAGCAGCCUUCCAGACAAGAGCCACUAUUUCCCGAUUCAGGUCCCAGAACGUGAAGUUUAAAGGAGCGGAACUAGGAGCCAAAAAUACACUGAACCAAGAAGAUUCAAAAGAGUAAUACAAGAAGUGAAAUCUCUAAGAAUGGCCUCCCUGAGCUCCAGCCUCUGGAAUGAAACCACUACAUCUGUUUAUCAGUAUCUUGGUUUUCAAGUUCAAAAAAUUUACCCUUUCCAUGAUAACUGGAACACUGCCUGCUUUGUCAUUCUGCUUUUAUUUAUAUUUACAGUGGUAUCUUUAGUGGUGCUGGCUUUCCUUUACGAAGUCCUUGACUGCUGCUGCUGUGUAAAAAACAAAACUGUGAAAGAUUUGAAAAAUGAACCUAACCCUCUUAGAAGUAUGAUGGACAACAUCAGAAAACGUGAAACUGAAGUGGUCUAGUGCUCUGCAUAAGAUCAACAAAAUCUAUGAAGACUGCCUUUAACUUUUGAGAAAAAAAAAUUUUCUCAGGCCAACUGUUAUUAUAAAAUUGACUGACUUUGAAUGAUUAAAAGAUUUCUACUAGAAAGGAAA